AUGCGCAGGAGGCCAUGUGUUCCUGCCGGGGGAAAGGAGGAGACUGGCCAAGUCCUCCGCGGUGUCAACAGGACAACUUCUCCUUCCUCUCGACCACAUCAAUCUGCCUCUCGCCGAUGGUCGCCGAUGGCUGCCUCCGGCCUCGUAUAUUCCGCCGAUCCCAACACCCUGGCGGAUCUAUUCCCAGCUACCUGGAUAUCACAGCUGGGGCAGGCCGGGGGGUUUCCGUGGCUUGACAGACCAGUGGGCUGGGGUGAACGCGCCCCUCUCCCGAUCCUUGCAGGACGCCUCCGUGUGAACGGGCAUUCUCACCCAAUCAACCCCCAAGUAACCCCCAAAUGCCCCCAGUCUAGCACCGCGCCGUCGCUGCAUGGCCCCGAUGCCCGGAUGCUCGCUAGCGCAAACCUUCACGGCGCGCUACAAAUCUUCCCCGACGGCCCAUUCCAAAGCCUCCGCCAAUUCGGAAAUUCCAUCACGCUGGGCACGCCGAGACGUCGAGACCUUUCACCUGGUCCAUCGCGAUGGCAUGCAUCAGUCUAG